AUGAGAGAGGAAAAUUUUGAAGAGAAAGAGAUGGUGAAGAAAUGGGAAGGAAGGGAAUUUGAAAAGACUGAUGAAAACGGGCAGAGGGGAUCUUCUCCUGCGAACAGAUAUAACAAUGGCAUCUCUAAAUCAAACCGUAAAAACAACACCACCACUAAGGCAACGAGGGUCGCCGAAGAUUCCGAUAAAGAAACUCGAAAACUAAAGCACCGCCAAGUGACUUUCUCCAAGCGCCCGACCGGUUUGUUCAAGAAAGCGAUCGAGCUUUGCAUUUUAUGCGGUUGCAACAUCGGCAUCAUCGUGUUCUCUCCCAAAGGAAAACCGUUUUGCUUUGGUCACCCCGAUAUCGACACGAUAUUGGAGAGUUACCUUAGCAAAAACCCUAACCAUGAUGAUGGUUUGAUGAUGUCUGGUGACGACAUUGCUCCAUGUCUCGAAGAGUUCAACGAGGAGAUCCGAGAGACAUUGGAGAAACUUGAGGAAGAAAAAAGAGAAGCAAAGAGAUCCAAAAGGAAAAGGAAGAGAGAAAAAUGA